AAUGUUGGCAUUAAAUCGAAUAAUAAUUGUUGCUGGCUGCUGCAUUGUCGACAGUGACUAGCUACUUUAGAAGAGCAAUUUUGAACUUGUAGUCGAAGAUGUUUCUUACUCGUUCUGAAUAUGACAGAGGAGUUAAUACCUUUUCUCCAGAAGGAAGGUUGUUUCAGGUGGAGUAUGCAAUUGAGGCAAUCAAGUUGGGUUCCACAGCAAUUGGGAUAUGCACUUCUGAAGGGGUUGUUCUUGCAGUGGAGAAGCGUAUCACCUCAUCCCUUAUGGAACCAACGACAGUUGAAAAGAUUGUGGAAAUUGACAAACAUAUUGGCUGUGCAGUGAGCGGGCUUAUGGCUGACUCACGGACCAUGAUUGACCGAGCAAGAAUUGAAUGCCAGAACCACUGGUUCAUCUACAAUGAGAAAAUGAGUGUGGAGUCAGCAGCUCAGGCAGUGUCAAACCUGGCCAUCCAGUUUGGAGAUUCAGAUGAUGAUGGAGGGGCAAUGAGUCGUCCGUUCGGUGUGGCGAUCUUGUUUGCCGGCUGUGAUGAGAAGGGCCCGCAGCUUUUCCACAUGGACCCAUCUGGAACGUUUGUUCAGUUUGAAGCAAAAGCAAUUGGAUCAGGAAGCGAGGGUGCUCAACAGAGUUUACAAGAAGUAUAUCAUAAGUCCAUGACGCUGAAGGAGGCUCUGAAUGCAGUUUUGACAAUCCUGAAACAAGUAAUGGAGGAGAAACUGAGUUCGACAAAUGUUGAAGUGAUGACUAUGACACCAAAACAGCUGUUUCAUAUGUUCUCAAAGGAUGAGGUUGAAGAGGUGAUCAAGGAUAUUGCAUAAUGUGCCGAAGUAUUUGUAACUGCAUUUUUCAUCUUGGUACUAACGAAACAGGUUCUCCAGCUAGGUAACGGAUGUGUAGUGCAGUGAUACUGCCUGAGAACUGAAGCUUUAUAUUGUCAUGGUUGAUUAAACUUCAGUGUUUCAAUGUGAUGGGGCCUGUUACAUCCUUUUCUUUUAGCGCUGUCAUGCACAUAAUUUUCCUCAUCACAUAAGGAAAACUUAUACCACAUUGUAGAUUAAAAUUAUACCAGGUAUCUUCAGAUUCAAAAUUGUAAAAACAAUGUUUUCAUGACUCCAAUGUUAAAUGUUUAUAUAAAUGGCUUGUUCUGCACCAGGUAAAUGAGUACAGAGGAAGAGAUUCAGUACUGACGAAUUAAUGCAUAAUGGCAAUGAAUUUUAAACCAGACUUAUUCUCAUUGAUGAUAUCUAGGAUGAUGAAUGUUGAAGUGAAUGGUGCCUUCCAUACAAGACAGUUUCUUGUCACCUGAUUUUUAAUAAUAAUGAAAGUUAGUCUGAAUCUU